AUGAAAACUGCUGUAUUUAUAUGCGGGCCAACGGCCGUUGGAAAAACCAAAAUUGCCAUUGAACUGGCGCAUUGGUUAGAAACCGAGAUUGUUUCGUUUGAUAGCCGCCAGUUUUACCGAGAACUGAAAAUUGGCGCUGCCCCACCCGAUGCCGAUGAAUUGCAAGCCGUGAAACACCACUUCAUUGGCAACCUCUCGGUGGAAGACAAUUUGAGUGCCGGUGCUUUUGAAAAGCGCGCCUUGCAAAGCAUGAACGGUAUCUUCCAGCAGCAUGACGCCCUCAUUUUGGUGGGUGGCAGCGGAUUGUAUAUGAAGGCCCUGCUGGAAGGUUUUGAUCAACUGCCAGAGGUGCCGGCCGAAACGCGAGCACGCAUUAACCAACAAUACCAGGACAGCGGCUUGCCUUAUUUGCAAGAAGAAGUGGCCAAGAGGGAUCCGGAAUAUUACGCGCAGGAGGCACGUAGCCUGUACCCUUUGCGGGAGAAAAAUGCCCUGCAAACCGUUGGCUACCGCGAGUUAUUCGCCCACUUUGAGGGAAAAUACGACCUCGAAACGGCCGUUGAAGAAAUCAAGAAAAGCUGGCUCAACUCCACCGCCUUUCAAAUACCCAUUAUUGCCAUUGGCAAUUUGAGUACCGGGGGCACGGGUAAAACACCAAUGACCGAAUACCUGCUGCAGCGCCUUGGCGGUGAAAUUGGCGUGGUUAGCCGCGGCUACGGCCGAAAGUCCAAAGGAUUAUUAGAAGUUGACCCCCUGGGAUCGGCCCGCGAUUUUGGCGAUGAACCCCUGCAAAUGGCCAAAAAAUUUCCCCGCGUAAAAUUUGUCGUAUCGGAAAAGCGGGUGCCGGGCGUACAGCACUUGCUCAACCAAGAAAAAUUAACUUGUAUAAUUCUCGAUGACGCCUAUCAGCACCGCUACGUAAAAGCCGGUUUUUACCUUUUGCUGAGCACCUGGCAG